AUGGCGCCUCCAAACUUUGCUUUGUAUUUCACAUGUCUAUUCAUGGCGACUUUGGCUCACGUGACAACUUUAAAACAAUCAUCGUUACAUUUUAAAUCAACUAAUGUUGAGGAUAGUGUGACCUUGCCUUGUUUCUGUGAAAAUGAUGUAGCAGUGAUGUUUUACUGGUACAAGCAAACUGUGGGACAGACACCAAAGCUCAUGUCUACAUUCUAUAAGCAUAAUAAUAAAGGGACCUUUAAUGAUGAAUUUAAAGACAAUCCACGUUUCUCACUGGAUACUCAAAACCGUAAAAAUCACUUGAAGAUUUCAGAUUUGCACAUUUCAGACUCAGCUACUUACUACUGCGUGGCGAGUAAUUUACAUGAAUUUGAAUUUUGUGAGGGCACCACUGUCAGUGUAAAGGGUUCAGGUUUGACCGUCCCAGCUUUGGUCCUUCAGUCAGCAUCUGAGACCAUCCAGCCAGGAGGCUCUGUGACUCUGAACUGUACAGUACACACUGGGACCUGUGAUGGAGAACACAGUGUUUACUGGUUCAAAAACUCUGAAGAAUCUCAUCCAGGACUCAUUUACACCCAUGGAGGCAGGAAUGAUCAGUGUGCGAGGAAUUCCAGCACACAAACACACACCUGUGUCUACAACUUGCCACUGGAGAGCCUGAAUCCUUCUCAUGCUGGGACCUACUACUGUGCUGUUGCCUCAUGUGGACACGUACUGUUUGGAAACGGGACCAAGCUGGACAUUGAUCCUGAGGUGGACUUUUCUGUCUUGAUGUAUUUCUUGAGUGCAGCUUUGGCAUUCACCACCAUCCUGGUUGUGUUGCUGGCUUUCUCGUUGUGUAAGAUGAACAAAAGAACCUGCCAGUGUACAGAGUCUACAGUAACAUCAGAAGCUUCCACAGUGAAUACAGUGUUAUGUCAAGAUGCAGAGAACCUUCAUUAUGCUGCUUUAAUGGAUCACAAGGCCAACAGAUCAAGAAGACAGAGAAGCAACACCAAGAGUGAAUGUGUGUACUCCAGUGUGAGGCAGUAG